CCCCAGGAGCUGCGGGAGCUGCUGGACCUGGAGCUGCGGAGCCGCGGGGAGCCGGCGGGCCGCCUGCUGGAGCGCUGCCGGGACGUCAUCCGCUACAGCGUGAAGACCUGUCGCAGCAGCUCCACUCGUGUCCCCGCCACCACGCGGCUCCCAGCAGCUCUACUCGUGUCCCUGACACCCAGCUGGGUCCCAGCAGUGCUGUUCGUGUCUCUGCCACCCCGAUGGGCCCCAGCAGCCCCAUUCACCUGCAAUGGAUGCCCAGGGAGGUGGUGGAGUCACCGAGCCUGGGGGUGUUCAAGGAAAGGCUGGAUGUUGUGUUGAGGGACGGGGUUCAGUGGGAGCUGUUGGGAAUGGGGGAACGGUUGGACCGGAUGAGCUUGGAGGUCUUUUCCAACCUUGGUGAUUCGAUGAUUCGAUGAUUCACCUCUCUGCUGCCCACACAGCAGUGGCAGGCUCCCUCCCAGGCGAUCUUUUCCUCUGGCAGCCAUGUCCCCAAUGGACCGUGUCACCAUCACCACUGGUGUGGUGUCUCUCAGCCCCUCCAUCCACUGACACCCCUGUCAAUCCCCCCCCCCAGGCCACCCUCGCUUCUUCAACCAGCUCUUCUCAGGCCUGGACCACCACGCUCUGGCUGGACGCCUGCUCACCGAGACCCUCAACACCAGCCAGUACACCUAUGAGAUCGCCCCGGUGUUUGUGCUGAUGGAGGAGGUGGUGCUGGCCAAGCUGAGAGAGCUGGUGGGCUGGAACAGCGGCGACGGCAUCUUCUGCCCCGGGGGCUCCAUCUCCAACAUGUACGCCAUGAACGUGGCCCGCUUCCAGCGCUUCCCCGAGAGCCGUCAGCAGGGCGGCCGGGCGCUGCCACGCCUGGUGCUCUUUGCCUCAGAGGAGUGCCACUACUCCAUCCAGAAAGGAGCCGCCUUCCUGGGCAUCGGCACUGACAACGUCGUCCUGGUGCGUGCAGAUGAGAGGGGGAAGAUGAUCCCCAAGGAGCUGGAGAAGGAGAUCGAGAGGGCGAAAAGUGAGGGUGCCGUGCCAUUCUUUGUCAGCGCCACCUCUGGCACCACCGUGCUGGGCGCCUUCGACCCGCUGGGCCCGGUGGCAGACGUGUGCCAGCGCCACGGCCUGUGGCUGCACGUGGAUGCCGCCUGGGGUGGGAGCGCGCUGCUCUCCAGGAAGCAUCGGCACCUCCUGGCCGGCAUCGAGAGGGCUGAUUCGGUGGCUUGGAACCCCCACAAGAUGCUGACGGUGGGGCUGCAGUGCUCGGCCUUCCUGCUCCGAGAUGACUCUGGGCUGCUGCAGCGCUGCCACGGGACGGGCGCCACGUACCUCUUCCAGGCUGACAAAUUCUACGACGUGACGUUCGACACCGGGGACAAGACGGUGCAGUGCGGCCGCCGCGUCGACUGCUUCAAGCUCUGGCUGCUCUGGAAGGCGGUGGGGACCGAAGGGCUGGAGCAGCGCGUGGACAGAGCCUUCGCCUGCACCCGCUACUUGACCGCGGAAGUGAAGAGACGCGACGGCUUCCAGCUGGUGCUGGAGCCCGAAUUCCUCAACCUCUGCUUCUGGUUUGUGCCCCCCAGCCUGCGGGGCCGACAGGGCUGCGCUGAUUUCGGGCCUCGUUUGGGGAAGGUGGCCCCCGCCAUCAAGGAGAGGAUGAUGAAGGAGGGCUCCAUGAUGGUGGGCUACCAGCCCCAUGGCGCCAGGCCCAACUUCUUCCGGCAGAUCAUCACCAGCCCUGCUGUCACCAGGGCUGACCUCGACUUCUUCCUGGAUGAGAUCGAGCGGCUCGGACGUGACCUGUAGGGCCCCCCCUGCCCAGCACUGUGGGGACACCGGGGACCAAAGAC